CCACGCUCCUUCUCUUUAGUUCCGCGCUGCGAUCAGGAAUAAAUCUGUUGACCAUUACACAUGGUUAAAGAUGAAAUCUCUGGGGCAGGAGAUAGAGGGGUUCUCCACAUCGCAUUUAAGAAAGCAGAGUACCCGUGUGACGACAGUGACUGGGAGGAAACUGGUAGAGACGCGGAUCGGCGAUGAUUUUCACGUCGCAGAUGAUGCGGAGCGGGAUAGUGACGCGUCGUGCGGAUUUGUGCAGGACUUGAACCUGGACCUGCAAGUGGGCACCAUUAGACCCUUCCUCUUACUCUCAUCACAGGAUGCUGCCCAUGACAUAGACACUUUGAAGAAAUUUAAGGUGACUCAUGUGCUGAAUGUUGCCUAUGGGGUUGAGAAUGUGUUCCCAGACCUCUUUACAUAUAAGACCGUUACCAUGUUGGAUCUUUCAGAGACAGACAUCACCUCCUACUUCCCUGAAUGUUUUGAGUUCAUAAACCAAGCCAGUCAACAGUGUGGAGUGGCACUGGUCCAUUGUAAUGCUGGGGUGUCUCGCUCUGCAUCUGUUGUCAUCGGUUUUCUUAUGUCCCAGGAGAAAAUGUCAUUUGAAGAAGCCUUCAGCACUGUAAAAAAUGCCAGACCUUCCAUCCAGCCAAACCCAGGCUUUAUGAGGCAGCUUAAGAAAUAUCAUCCAUGAUACAACACCUACCAUAUGAAUGAUUUUAUAAUUUUCUACAUUUUAGGCACUAGGUGGUGAUGGAGGUAAUGCUUCAGUACAUUGAAUAAACUGCUUUAGUAAGGAAACAGCUAAUCUCUUAAUGAAUUAACAGCUUGUCUGCUAAUCUUCUAUAUGUUUUACAUUAAUCCUUUUGAGUGAACAAUGCAUGGAGUUUACUAAGAAAAAUGUGCUGUUUUAUAUAGUCAGAAGUCAAUAAAAAUCUUGUGACAGGAUUAA